UACCAUGCCUCUGGGAACGUUCCUCCUUCCCGUCCUCUGUUUCUUGGGAGCAGUGGUUCCACGGGGACUGCAGUAUGUCACGUUCUCGCGCAACACUACAAAGUUCCUCCACCUGUCCAUGGACUUGGAAUCUGGGACCAUUUACUUGGGGGCCACCAACUUUCUCUUUCAGCUGACGUCCGACCUGCUGCUGAAGAACGUGGUUCAGACUGGACCAGUUCUGGACAGUAAAGAUUGCCUCCCGCCGGUCUCAAAGCUGGAGUGCCCUCAGGCACACCACACCGACAAUCACAACAAGCUGCUGCUAGUGAACGCCGUGCAGAAGGAGCUCAUCGUGUGUGGCAGUGUGCACCAGGGAAUCUGUGAGAAAAGGAGCCUCACGUCCAUCGACCACGUCCUCUUCCGACCAGAGAGCCCUGGUGACACUCAGUACGUUGCUGCCAACGAUCCCAAUAUCACCACUGUGGGACUCAUAGCCUACUCAAAGGAUGAAGUCCCCUUGCUGUUUGUGGGACGAGGGUACACUAGCCGAGGAGUAGGAGGAGGGAUUCCUCCCAUCACUACCCGAAAUCUCAAGGCCCACGGAGCGGACGUUCAAGCAACAGACUCUCACUCCAUUUUCUCCUAUGAAGAAACAGCAAAACUGGCUGUGGGCCGGCUCUCUGAGUACAACCACCAUUUCAUUAAGUCUUUCACUUAUCGCUCAAGUGUCUAUUUCCUGUUCUACCGUCGGGACCUCAAGUCUCAGUCACGUGAGUACAAGACCUACAUCUCCCGAAUCUGCCUGGAUGACUCUCACUAUUACUCCUAUGUGGAGCUGCCUCUGCUCUGCCAGAGCAAAGCCACCACGUACAGCCUCCUGCAGGCAGCCUACGUCACCAGGCCGGGAAAAGGGCUGGCCCAGGGGCAGCUGGACACUGAGGGAGAAGUGCUGUUUGCAGCCUUCUCUGCCUGGCAGGCUUCUUCUGGCAAGCUAAGCGAGGAGUCUGCCCUCUGUGUCUACGCCAUGGAGGAGGUGGAUCGCCUGACCAACUGGACCAGGGACGUUUGCUACAUGCGGGACGGGAAGUCGGCAGAAGGGGCAGAAGUGGCAUAUAUUGAAUACGACGUCAGUUCCAACUGCGUCCAGCUGCCGGCGGACACCCUGUAUGCAUAUCCCUGUGGCUCUGACCACACUCCCAGCCCCAUGGCCAGCCGGGUGCCCUUGGAAGCAGCCCCCCUCCUGGAGAAAACAGAGGCCCGUCUGACAGCGGUGGCAGUGGAUGUGGAAGAUGGCCACACCAUUGCUUUUCUGGGAGACAGCAGAGGGAGACUGCACAAGGUGUACUUGGGAGCCAUGGGAGAUGCACAUAUAUACACCUCUUUAGCUAUCCAGCUAAAUAGCAUGGUGAGUGGAGACCUGCUGUUUGACCAGUUGCAGGAGCACCUCUUUGUCAUGACCCAGUCAAUGGUGGUAAAGGUUCCCAUACUGGAGUGUUCCCUCUACUCAGACUGUGAAUCCUGUCUGGCACUGAAAGACCCUUACUGUGGCUGGUGUGUCCUUCAGGGACGGUGCAGCCGUCGCUCUGAGUGCUUGAGGUCCAGGCUGAGUGAGCAGUGGCUCUGGAGCUUUAACUCCACACAGCAGUGUCUGUCUGUCCAGUCACUAACUCCAGCCAAUAUCAGCAGAGAGGAAAAAAGAAAUAUAUUUCUGGCUAUCUUGGACUUACCUUCUCUACGUGAGGAAGAAUUUUACUCGUGUUACUUUGAAGAUUAUGAGAGCCCAGCAGUUCUGACAGAGUCGGGAAUCAUGUGUCCUUCUCCAGAUCCAAGCCAAGCACCAGCUUUGCCAACAGGAGCAGAUCAUGUCACCAUAAAGCUCGUAGUGCGUUUCCAUGACAUCUUCAUUGCCUCUGUGGACUUCUCUUUCUAUGACUGUGCUGCAGUGGCCCUGCUGUGGAGAUCGGCACCGUGCCAGAAGUGUGUGAGCAGUCUCUGGGGAUGUCACUGGUGCAUCCAGCAGCACCUCUGUACGCAUAAAGCAGCCUGUGAGGAAGGAACCAUUAUCUACAACGAAAGGAAUGAAGAGCUUAGCUGGGGUCCAGAUGCAUGCCCCUGUGUACAGGGAAUCCAGGGAUCUUCACUAUUUCCAGUCAAUGUGGCGAGGAAGAUAACCCUGCUGGGAAAGAACUUCCAUCUCUAUCAGGACCAACAGUGGGACUAUGAGUGUGUCUUGAACUUGGAGGGGAGGACAGUGGUGAUGGAUGCUUAUGUGGAAGGAGAUGAAACAAACCAGUCCCUCUGUUAUAUCACCUGCCAGAUGAACCAGUACAGUUACACAGCACCUCAACUGGAAUUCAACGCUGUGGUGUUUGUGCAGAGGCGACAACACCUGCGAGUGGACAGUGCUGCAGAUCUUCACGUGACUUUUUACAACUGCUCCGUGGGACACACAGAUUGUAGCCGGUGCCAAACAGCUGACUCAAAGUACAACUGUGUGUGGUGUGGAGGUGACAACCCCAGCUGUAUCUUCAGGGGCUCCUGCAAGGAAGAGAUAGAAGACCUGUGUCCAGCACCUCUGAUUCACUCUGUGUACCCCCUGUCUGGACCAGUGGAAGGUGGCACUAGAAUCACCAUCACUGGCUCAAACCUCGGGCAGAAACAUCAAGACAUUGCAGAAACUGUCACUGUUGCAGGAAUUCCCUGUGCCGUAGAUGCUCAAGAGUAUGAGAUCUCUAGCAGUAUCGUGUGCGUCACUGGUGGGAGCUGGACAGAGAGAUUUGGGCACAUUGUGGUGGAAGUGCCUGGUGGAGGACGUGGAGUUUCUGGCCAUAUUUUCACCUACCAGAACCCAGAGCUGAAAUCCAUUGUUCCAACUCAGGGCCCCAAAGCAGGGGGAACCUGCCUUACCCUUCUGGGCUCAAAGCUGCUGACUGGGCAUCCUAGUGAGAUCAGUGUCCUACUUGGAGACCUCCCUUGCCACAUUCUCUCUGAGAUGACAGAGGAUCAGCUGGCAUGCCAGACAAGCCCCAGCAAUGUGUCUGCAGAACUCCCAGUCACUAUCAAAUAUGGAGACCAAGAGCGGAGACUGGAAGGAUCGCUCUUCAGAUAUACUUUGGAUCCCAACAUCACUUUUGCAGAGCCACCUAAAAGCUUCCUCAGUGGAGGGAGAGUGCUCAGAGUUCAUGGAUACAACUUGGAUGUCGUACAGAAACCAAAGAUCCGAGUGACAGUUUCUCCCUCUGAACGGCGGCGCCGAGGGCUGGGACGGCGGCGACGAAUCAUCCCGGACACCGAGUGCCCUGAGGAUGCUCUGUGCAGCGUCCAGCAGUUUGAAGAACCAUGUCUUGUUAACUCCUCCUACCUGAUCCUGUGCAAAACUCCAGCCAUUAAUCUGCUGUUGAGGAGUGUUCAUAUUAAACUGGAAUUCAUUCUGGAUAAUCUGAGCUUUGAUUUCAACUCAUUGCAUCCCAUGCCCUUCUCUUAUGAAGUCAACCCCACCCUAAAACCACUGAAUGCUGAAGACCCUGCCAAACCGUAUCGUCACAAGCCAGGAAGCGUCAUCUCUGUGGAGGGGGAAAAUCUAGAUCUGGCUAUUUCCAAGGAUGAAGUUAUGGCUAUGAUCGGGGAAGGAGUCUGUGUGGUGAAGACUCUAACAAGGAAUCAUCUCUACUGUGAGCCUCCCUCUGAGCAGCCAGCUCCACGGCACCGCACAAAGCGAGAGGGCACAGACCUGCUCCCAGAAUUCACGGUACAGAUGGGGAACCUGAACUUCCUCCUGGGCCGAGUGCAGUACGACACAGAAAGCCAGCUCACCUUCCCGCUGGAGGCACAGGUCGGCCUGGGUGUUGGUGCAUCCUUCGUGGCACUGAUUGUUCUGGUCAUUGUCUUCAUAUACAGGAGGAAGAGCAAACAGGCUUUGAGGGAUUACAAGAAAGUUCAAAUCCAGCUGGAAAAUCUGGAAACAAGUGUUCGGGAUAGAUGUAAGAAGGAAUUCACAGACCUGAUGACUGAGAUGAUGGACCUCACAAGUGACCUUGUGGGCACAGGAAUCCCCUUCUUAGACUACAAGUCCUAUGCAGAACGCAUUUUCUUCCCGGGCCACCGUGAGUCACCGCUGCAAAGGGACCUGGACAUCCCUGAGUGCCGGCGGCAAACUGUGGAGCAGGGCUUGGUCCAGCUCUCCAACCUGCUCAACAGCAAGCUCUUCCUCACCAAGUUCAUCCACACUCUGGAAAUCCAGCGCACGUUCUCCCCCAGAGACCGGGCCUACGUGGCGUCGUUGCUCACUGUGUCGCUGCACGGGAAGCUGGAGUACUUCACUGACAUUCUCAAAACGCUCCUGAAUGACCUCGUGGAGCAGUAUGUGGCCAAGAACCCCAAGCUGAUGCUGCGGAGGACAGAAACAGUGGUAGAGAAGCUGUUAACCAACUGGAUGUCCAUCUGCCUGUAUGCAUUUGUGAGGGACUCUGUUGGGGAGCCCCUUUACAUGUUGUUUCGUGGAAUCAAGCACCAGGUGGACAAAGGGCCCGUUGACUGGGUGACAGGAAAAGCCAAAUACACCCUGAAUGACAACCGCCUCUUGAGAGAGGACCUGGAGUACCGGACUCUGACCUUAAAUGCAUUGACACAAGCAGGAGUAGCUGCGGGAGGGGCAGAGGACUCCCAAGGGAUUUCUGCAAAGGUGCUAGACUGUGACACCAUAACACAGGUGAAGGAGAAAAUCCUAGAUCAGAUCUAUAAAGGGACACCAUACUGUCACCGACCAGACCCAGACACCCUGGACCUUGAGUGGAGAUCAGGGCUGGCAGGUCAUCUGAUACUGUCUGAUGAGGAUGUGACAUCUGUUGUUCAAGGAACUUGGAAACGCUUGAACACUCUUCAGCAUUACAAGGUGCCCGAUGGAGCAACAGUAGCACUGGUCCCACGCCUGACCAAGCACAUCCACAGGGAGAAUCAGGAUUAUAUCCCAGGAGAGAAAACACCAAUGCUGGAAGAUGCAGAUGAAGGUGGGAUCAAACUUUGGCACCUGGUAAAACCAACAGAAGAGCCAGAACUUCCCAAGCAUCGACGUGGGAGCUUAAGGGAUCGGGAGCGAGCCAAGGCAAUCCCAGAGAUCUAUCUGACUCGUCUGCUCUCCAUGAAG